UACACUCAGUUCACACUGGUCGCGCGGAAUUGAUCGCAUCGCGAAACAAGCGCGACACGAUGCGAUGAAAUCGAUGAAUAUAAAAUAUAUCAGUUUCAUCGCACGUGGUUCUACGGCUGUCAAAAGGCGAUCGCGACGCACCCUACAGGCAACUUAUCGCUGGCGACAGGAGACAGAGAGACAAUCGCUCGCUCCUAUUUAUUUUGUUGCCUGGAGAUCGAUUUGGCCAGAUCAAAAUGAAACACGAUCCUUUUAAUACGAAAUUAGUUCAGGCGGUUAAAAAAUAUCCUUGUUUAUAUAAUUAUAAAUUACCCGAAUAUUCUAGGAAAGACAUAACCGAUGUCGCAUGGAGUAAAGUAGCGGAAGAAGUAAAAGAAACAGUACCUCAGUGUAAAGAAAAAUGGAAGAAUUUAAGAACAGUUUUUGUUAGGAAACUCAGGCCAUCAUGCACGGGUACCGGAAGGAUGACAAAACCUUAUUACUUAAGUGAAAUCAUGCAAUUCAUUGUGCCUUAUGUCAAAUUGACUUCCAACGCGGAUCAUCCGAAAAACAUUCCUUCACCACCGAAAUCCGAAGAACAAACCGACGACGAAAUUACUAACAACGAAGAUGUAACGGAAGAUGAUAUCGAGCAAGACAGUUCGUCAUCCAAAGAUCUCGAAAUAGUUCAAGAAAAUGCCCGAGAACCUUCGAUACAAAUGGAAAAUCGAGGAAUUAAACGUAAAUCUCACAUAAGUGAUUACGACAAAUCGUUCAUCGAAUUCGUGCAAUCGCGAAAAUGCAAUAAAACAGACGUUAAUCCGAGGAAAAUGUUUCUUCUUAGUUUAUUACCCGAAAUCAACGAAAUGACAGAAGCACAAAUGAAAAAGUUCAAAAGAAAAGUUUUAGAACUGAUAGACGAAAUAUCGUCGGACGAUUGUACUCAUAUCUUAUCGUGAAUAUAUCGUGUAGUUCCUAUCAUGUCGAUCUUGAUGACAUUUUUGUUAGAUGCCAAAUUUUAUCUUUGUCAUUACCUCAUUUUAUCGUUUAAUUUAGUAUCAAGGCCACAUAAUUGCAUGGUUAUAAAGUAUUAUGAUCGUGCCCACGUUUUUUCAAUCAUUUGCUCAACAAGAAUAGUGAGCAUUGCUUAAAUCGUGAUAUUUAUUUCUUCACAAAUGUUUAGUUUGUCAUUUGUUUUUAAU